UCAAAAAUGAAGUCUGGUUUUGGCCGCUUGGUAGCUUGUCACCUUCACCGUUGAUUAUUAAAAUACCUUUUUAAGUUCAUCCUCGGCAGUGCUAUUAUUAUUAUUUUGUACAAGUGUGCAAACAAGACAGUUAAGUGUCUCAGUAACGAUUCCCAGCCGAAAUGAGAUUUGCAGUUUUUUUCGCCGUUGGACUUCUGUUGGCCUCGCCAGCAUCUCCAAACUUUGUGGGUUUAACUGUGAGCAUCGGCAGUACUGUCACUCUCCCCUGCGAUGGGGCCCCCGGCAGGGAGGUGCAGUGGUAUUUUAAACAGCCUGACCAUGACAGGAUGCUCGUGGCCGAACUCCACACCAGACCCUUUUCCCCAGGAAGCGGCUUCCAGGGACGGGUGAAAUCCUUCCACCGAACAGAGCCAGGAAACUACAGCCUCCUCCUCAGUCCUGUGGUGUACAGUGACCACGGCAUUUAUGAAUGCUGUUACAAGAAUGAGACUAAUACCGCUCUUAAAGAUGUAAAUCUAAAAACUUCAGUCCCAUCACUUGUUUCCGUAGAGAUGGGAAUGCCCGCCACUCUUCCUUGCUUUGGGAACAUUGAUAAACGAGCGGAUGCUGGUGAUCUGGAUAUCCUCUGGACGAGAGGUAGACAGAAAGUCUACCAUCUCCAUAAGAACACCAUCUCUUAUGGGCUUGGGUUCGAGAACAGAGUCUCGCUUUCCCCAGAACAAGCCCUCCUUGGAAACCUGUCUUUAACCAUCAAACAGACACAGUCUUCAGAUGAAGGCGACUACCAGUGCACCUACAGCAAUGAAACGGAGAAGGUGGAACCAGAUUCUGCCACACUCACUUUUGCAGCUUCUACGGGAUUCUCUGCAGCAAAAGUGGCUUGGAUAGUGGUGGGAGUGAUUGUGUUGGUGCUGAUUCUGGUUGGCAGUGCCUUUGCAAUCUGGAAGUGCCUUAACAACCGAAAGCGAGCAGAGGCUGCAGUCUGUUACCAAGCUGCCAGUGCUGAAGAUCAGAACGACUCCAACAGCAGAGCAGCAUGCCUUCUGAUUCCUGACGGCCCUGAACCCUCUCUCUCUGUGUCCGAGACCCAGCCCGCUCUCCCCGAACCCCAUCUCCCCGUGUCUGAAAAGGAUCCUUCAUUCCUCGAACUCCAUCUCCCUGAGCCCGAAACGGAGCAGAUUGAAGUGCAGGAGAAAAUGCCUAAGAGUGUGGAGCUGCUAUGAUAAUAUGCUGUACCUGCGGGGGAAUCUGCGGUUCUGAAUUUUAUUGGAUCGGACACGAAAAGGGAGAGGGACAGAGUGGGAGGGACAGACUUUGGGCGAUGGCAUUACGUCCAGACCAGCCCACCUCCCCCCCGUCCCAACCACUAUGAAAUUAAUCAGUUGCCACUUUGACAAAUUGGACUUUUUGUAACCAGCUCCAAACUUGGAAGCUGUUUUGGAGCACGUCUCAUUGAACCUACUAAACUAAUUUUCCAACACUUCACUUAAGCUUUAGGUCUUUAGUCUCCACCAUUCCACAAAAAGGGCAGUUACCAAAGUCUUCUGGAUUCCUCACAGCAUUAACAGCACUACCUCUACAUGGGAUUCUGCACUGGAGAUCACCUGAUGCUUUAUAAUAACAAAACAUUCACACUAAGGCAGUCAUAUUUCAAAUUAAAAUGCUAAUUGGAAAUUGCAUGUCAUUUUCAUUCGAUGUGCACAAGAAUCAUGACACCAUUCAAAUGCAAAAGCCCAGUUUACGUGUCCACUGUCAGCUUAAUGUAGGAAUUAUGCUUCCAUACCACACCAGUUUAAUCUACGUGUUGGUUUUCUUCUCAGUGUCUGUUCUUUCAUGUAAUUAACCGUUUUAAGCCUUUACACAACAUCGGUACAGUGCCUUACAGUUCAGUAUGUACAGGUCUGGAUUCUGCUUUCUUAAAUUCGAGCACAGGUCCCGUUAGACCAUCUAAGUCCAGGCUAAAACCAGGUUCUGGAAAGGGCUCAUCGUCAAUAGUUCCUGCAGUUCAGUUCUCAUCAGAUAUCCUGGUUUUGGGUCCAAAGCCUCACUUAAAUUAGAGCAAAAUUAAGAAACCGUAGCAGUCGGUCCACCGGAGAGGCGAUUGGACUCGGCUGCGCUGGCUAAUCAGCCCAGGUGCUUAAAGAUCUGCUGCUCUCCGCAGUUGGGAACGAGACCGGGAGCUCACACCGGGAGCGCAGUUAUGAUUUUCGUUUUGUUUCGGUUUGAGCACUGAAGUCAAUUAAAGGAAUCCUCAGCUGGGAUGCUGGAGGAGCUGGACCUGGCCGGGAAGACGGAUCAGCUACAGAACAGGGAUCUGAAAAGUUGCUGCUCUGUUUUACUUUCUUUUGUCUUUAUUUUAGCUUGUUGCUUUAGUUUAUUGUUUUUUCCCGGUACUGCCGCAUCUCCCUCCCAGGGAUGUCACUCUCGCGUGCGUCAGAAACCUUUCUGUUUAUCCAAAUGCGGUGUUAAGUCUCGCACUGUCUGGCCUGUUUUUAAUAAACGCUUGAACCAAAAACAAAGGGAUGCAACAUACAAAGAUCAAACCAAAAACAAAGGGACCCAACAUACGAAGAUCAAACCAAAAACAAAGGGACCCAACAUACGAAGAUCAAACCAAAAACAAAGGGACCCAACAUACGAAGAUCAAACCAAAAACAAAGGGACCCAACAUACGAAGCCCAAAAUCCCGUAUUUUAAUUAACACAGAGAAAACUAAUUUGCAUGACAAGAAAAAAAAAAGAAAAGUAGCUAAAACCUUUCCCCUGGCUGGACGGAGCACGCCCAGCAGCCCCUUCCCUCACCUGCAGGCCUGAGCUUCUUACCUGCCUACCGAAUGUGAAAAAGCCAAGGGGAGUGAGUCUUACGGGACACUAGCUCACAUGUGCUUAUCUUCGUGUAGCUGAAAAAGUGCACUAGAAACGGAACAAAACGCCGUCUGCCAGAUAAGAACUUAUACUGAAGACAAACGAGGACAAACUGACAGGGUAGCGCUGACAGAGUCGAUGACCAUGGGAAAAACAGCAGCCUCCUUCCCACACACCGAAGAUCCUUAUCUGGGCUAGUCCGGUCUCUGUCUUCUUCGCUAAUUACCUACGUCUUUUGGGAAAAAAAGGGAGAGAGAAAUUUCAGGACAUGAGAACAUAACUGGCAUCUUUCGGAUGAGACGUUAAACCAAGGUGCUGACUCACUGCGGUCAAAGACGCCAUGUGCACACACACACAUACACGCACGCACAAAUACACACACUACACUCACACACACAUUCUCAUACACAGCACACACUCACAUUUUCUGCUUUUAUUUUGAUAUUAUUAUUGUUAUUAUUGGUGUUGUUAUUUUUAUUUUGUUACUAUUAGUUUGGCAUCACUUAUGUAGUUUAUUUUCCGUAUAUGAAGUUUAUGUUCUUUAUAACAUUGUGGAAUUUUAACAUUAUUUAGGUGGAGGCUUCAAAUAACCCCCUGGAUUUUCUGCCUCUCCCUGCACUAUAUAUUAUUUGUUGCCUUUGUCAUUUUUGUGUAUUUUUAAAAUUGUGCCAAAAUAAUUAAACGAAACUAGCGCUUGUCGCAAAGAGUAGGGGGUUCCCCGGUGUCCUCCUGGCUAGAUUCGCAAACUGGCUCUCUCGAACUUUCCCACUUUUUUUUGUCACUUUUCCACUCAUGCACUGUAAAGCACUUUGAGCAUCCGGAAAAGUGCUAUAUACUGUAAAUGCAAUAGUCGGUUGAUUCAUUCAUUCAUAAGAAAAAGUGAUGAUGAGAAUUGGCCGUUCAGCCCAAUUCAGCUUGUCUUUUUAAAAAAAAAAAAUGUUUUAUAAUAAAUGUUAAGAGAAACUAACUGACUAUAUAACCACCUCGACAAACCAUCCACAAACAGUAAAAAUGAUCAAACUAUAAAAAAAACCCCACCAAACAAUGAAUAAUAAAAACAAAAAA